GAAAGCGAGUUCUGGAUCGAAGGAAUUUUGGGACCUGAUGGAGCCGUAUUUCCGGGAGAUUCACUGGGAUGAUAUUGAGUCGAUAAUGCAGAUUCCAUUUCUCGGGUUUAAUGGGCGGCUCGAUCCAUGCUUUCUUGUGCCUUUCGUGGGCAGUGCGAAGGAUUCUGUGGAGAAUUACGACCCUUCUUGUGUGCUCGUGGAAGACGAAAGCUCACAUUUAAACUCAAAUUUGGGCAAGGACAACGAUGAGUUGGAGAGUAACAUAGUCCAUAGCAAACAAGAUUUGCUUGAGAGCUCAGAUUUUGUUGGGGCUAAUAUGGAGCUGGUCAUCAACAAUGGGUCUAAUGAUGAGCACGGGGAUCAGGAUAUGCAGGAGGUGGUUUUGCAGGAAGAGCAGCCGAUGGAAGUUGAACAAGGUCAUGGUAAGAGUGAUGCCAUAGCUUUGCCAACGUGCAGGGAGGAACCAGAGGCUUCAUUGCAUUGGCUCCUGGGUGCAAGAGACCGAUUUGUGCUCACCUCAGAGCGCCCGAACAAGAAGAGGAAGUUGUUGGGUGCAGAUGCUGGGCUAGAGCGGCUUGUGCAACUGCCACUCUUGGAAGGUGAGACUGGUACAACCUGUGAUGUAUGUUGUUUGAGAGAGAGUGGUACAUCCUCCAAUAAGAUGCUACAUUGCAGUAGCUGUGAGGUGUCAGUGCACCAGAAAUGUUAUGGCGUGCAUGUUGUGCCAGAUCAAUCUUGGUUGUGUGCCUGGUGUAAGAGUAUCAGAUCUGCACGGAGGCACACACGGAGUGAUGCAGGAAGAACUGCCUUAAUGCCUUGUGUGCUUUGUCCAAAGGAGAAAGGUGCUUUGAAGCCUGUAAAAAGGGAAUCUGAUCAAAUUACAGAUGGGGGCAACCAAAAAUUUGUACACUUGUUUUGUAGUCUCUGGACACCAGAGGUUGUUGUAGAGAACAUGGAUUCAAUGGAACCAGUUACUAAUGUAGAAGAUAUACAAGAGAACCGGACAAAAUUGGUGUGCAGUCUUUGCAAGGUCAUGCAUGGUGCAUGCAUUCGAUGUAGCCAUGGAGCAUGCCGGGCCUGCUUUCACCCUAUAUGUGCAAGAGAGUCAAAGCAUCAGAUGGAGAUAUGGGGGAAAACUGGGAACGCCAAUGUUGAGAUGAGGGCAUUUUGCUUGAAGCAUUCGUCCGUCCAAGAAACUAGCUCAAUACAGAAUGGCAAAAUCUCUGCUGAAGAGGAUACCUCACAAAUCGAGCUUGAUGAUGCAGCCCUUGUUACUCAGAAGAAACAACAACUGAGAUUUACACGCAAUAACAAGGACAAAUGUACCAACAGCACGAUUGUUAGCUCUAGUUCAUCUAGCCUAAACAAACAGGCGACAGAAUUGGCCACGUCUCCAUCUACUGCUAGGAGUAUGGAAAGUCAAGAUACCCAUAUCACAGAUAUGGCUGUUGAUCGACCUAGAGAAGAUAGUAAUCUGAGCAAUUCGGGUGAUGUUUCUACAGCUCUUAGAAAGCUAAUUGAUGAAGGAAAGGUUAAUGUGGGGGAAAUAGAAUCAGAAUUGGGCAUGUCUUCAGAAUGUUUGGAAGCUGCUCUUGUGCCUGAAACAGCGACCUUCUCCCCUGGUUUGAAGUUGAAAAUAAUCAAGUUACUGGAGAACUCUGCUCAUGUGCCUUCUUUUCAAGUGAAGUAUUCUAAAGAUGGCUCUUUGGCACCACAAGGUACUUUGUUUACAGAGGGCGAUAAUACUAACAAAGACUGGGCUGAUUCAGUAGAAAAUGGUUUCCACAAUUGUGGUGAUUGUGGUGAAGAUUUCAUUUCUGGCCAAUGUUUUCUCAGCCAAGAUGGUUACCGAUGCUAUGUUCAUCCAUUCAUCGAGAAAAAGUUGAGGAACUUGUGGGAUCAUAUUUUUAAGUCAAAUAAGCAUGCAAUAUUUUGUCAUGAGCAAUCAACCGGUGCUCCACAUGAACAAUGUGUUGGUAGCUCAUUAACAGAACCUGAACAACUGGCAGACAUAUCUGCAUCAGAUCAAGUUUCUAAAGCAAAAUCAUCAGGUAUCCUUGAGCAUUCACCCCAUGAUGAAAUAGAAGGAGAAAUAGUUUAUCUACAAUCCAGGCUACUAAACAAUUUUGGUGAUUCAAAGCAGAGAAAUGAAGAUCUGGUACUCAAGAUUGUCCAGAGUCUUUCGCAUGACCUGGAUUCUUUCAAUAAGAGAAAAUGGGACCAUAUCAUUGCAAAUCAGUUCCUCCGUGACUUAAGGGAAGCCAAGAAGCGUGGAAACACAGAGAGGAGACACAAGGAAGCUCAGGCUAUCAUGGCUGCAGCUGCACCUUGUAUGUUACCUACCUCGCAAAAUGCACCAGUGAGGAAAGUGGCAGAAUGCGAUGUACCGUCUGCCAAACAAGAGUCUGUUCCUGAUGUAGUGACUGCCAAGCAAGAUGUUCAUAGUCCCAAACAAGAGAGUAUACCAAAAUCCAAUACUGGAUCUUCAAGAGUUAGCCAAAUGAUUUCUGUGCAACAAGCAAAUGAUUCAUCACCUAACAGUAAAAUGUCAGCAGAAGCUAAUAUUGGCAUUUUUGAUCUGGCAAAGUUUUCCAAGAAAAAUGCUCUUCCAUGUGAUAUUUGCAUGAGAUGUGAGACUGUACUUAACCGGAUAUUUGUCUGCUCCAGCUGCAAGGCUGCUGUGCACUUGGAUUGCUAUUGGAGUGUGACAAAUCCUGCAGGCCCCUGGAAGUGUGAACUUUGCCAAGAGAUGCCAUCAGAUGCUGUUGCUGGCAGUCAAUCAGAUUGCAAUGGUGCAAAACCAUGCUUGGCGCAGUGUGAUUUGUGCAAUGGCACAUCUGGUGCUUUUAGAAAAACAAUAAAGGGGCGAUGGGUUCAUUCUUUUUGUGCUGAGUGGCUGUUGGAGAGCAUGUUCACAAGGGGACAAUGUAAUGCAGUAGAUGGAAUGGAGAGCCUUCCCAAGGAUAAGGACACAUGCUCUAUCUGCCACCACAAUGUUGGCGUAUGCUUGAAGUGCAGUAAUGUGGACUGUCAAAUUACUUUCCAUCCUGCAUGCGCUAGGGAUGCUGGUUUUUACAUGGAUACAAAAAAGGUUGGUAGCAUGUUGCGACAUAAAGCAUAUUGUGGCAAACAUGGUAUUGAGCAAAGAAAGGCUGACUUACAACUACAUGGGCCUGAGGAGGUCAAGAGCAUGAAAAAAAUGAGGGUUCAUUUGGAAAUAUUACGCCUUAUUUGUGAAAGGAUUGUGAAAAGAGAGAAAUUGAAGAAAGAUUUGGUUGUAUGUGGACAUGAUAUACUGGCUGCAAAAAGGAAUUCUAUUGCCUCGUCAAUGCGGACUUCAUAUUGUGGAUCUGGACCUGGAGCAAGUUCAGAAUCUGCAACAACUUCUGUCAAUAACUCAUAUAGUGGGAUAAUGCAGAGAUCAGAUGAUGUCACAGUGGACAGUAUUAUUUCCAGGAAACCUACCGUCAGAUUCUCUCUCAAUAACAGGGAUGCUGAUAGGAACACAGCCGACAGUUCAACAUCAUCAAUAUCUUACAAGCAGAAGCUGGAUGAUCGGGAAUCACUUGCUGAUAUGAAUCUUCCGAAGAAACCAGCGACUGCCAUGCAGAAAUCAGAAGAGGGCGAAAUGAAAUCAUUAGAUAAAAAGAGCCAACGCCCUCCAAAGAGCAUUGUCUACACUCGACGUAGCGCCUUGUCAAAAAAGAAGCAAUUGAGUCAGAAUGUAGAAGGACCUGGUGGAUAGCAGACAACCAAGGUGGCUCCUUCGUGGAUAGCCAGAGAAUGUUUCAUGCUCUGUCCAUGUGGAAAGCACAUGCAGCCAGCGGAGCUGGCCAGUGUAACCAUGAUAUUUUGCCAUAGGGGCACGGUCGGCCAAAGUUGUAAAAAUGGCGCAGAUGGAGUUCUUCCAACUGUGAUUUGAGCUUCCGACCAGAAUGAGUAUGACCCCUCAAGCUCACAGCACUAAGACAUGGGGUAAACGGGCAGAAUUCAUCCACUGAUUUAGUUUCUAGAAGGCUAAUUUGUGAGAUAUGCUUUGUAUAUUAGCAAAUUUGCAAUUGUUUUUUGUUCUGUAAAAGAAAACAAACAAUUGCCAUUAGUGGAUGAUUGAAGAAAAGCGAGGCAAGUGUUGUUAGACUGACAUCUGUAGCUGACAGUUUCCUGGUAGCUAACCAGAACAUGAGUGAAUUAACAGUAGUAGCACAUGUAGGUUCAUAUGUGCUAUGAAGAUUAGCUGUUGCGUCGAUGUAUGACAUACAUUUCUUGUGACAUGUAAUGAACCCAUGCCGGAGUUUUUGAAAGAGC